GCCGCGAAGGCCCCUCCCAGCCCCCCGGGAGCCCAGCUGUCCCCUCCGCGGAUUCUCUGGGGCUGGUUCAUCACCUCUGAAUACUCCUGUGACAGGAGGUGCUUGCAGAACCCGCCUCCAGCCCCAAGCAGGAAUAAAUAGAAGGCACCCAGCCCAGGAGAAGCAAGAAGUUUCUAGACCUGCGUUCCCGGCUUAUUAAGCUCUCCGCUCCACUCCGCGGCUCUGGCUGAGAGCCUGGACGGCCUGGGCGGACGGUGGCUGGCUGAUCUCCGGUGAGGCUGUGUGGAGAGGGGUCCUUGAGAAUUCUGCUGCACCAGCCAAGGGUCGCCUUCGGUGGCUGGAGAGUCUCGCGGGGCCGGAACCCCAACCUGGUGUGUGCCUCCGUCCUUGGCAGUGGCAUUUUCCGAAGCUGAAGAAUAAGCUUGGAAGGCCAGUGCACCCACAUCACCUUGCUGUGUGACCUUGGGCAGGUGGCUCCCUCUCUCUGAGCCUCUGUUUCCCCUCCAGCUCAGCGGCCGCCAUGGCUGAUGGUCAGAUGCCCUUCCCCUGCCAUUACACGAGCCGCCGGCGCCGGGACCCCUUCCGGGACUCAUCCCUGUCCUCCCGCCUGCUGGAUGAUGGCUUUGGCAUGGACCCCUUCCCCGACGACUUGACUGCCUCUUGGCCCGACUGGGCCCUGCCUCGACUCUCCUCCGCCUGGCCGGGGACCCUGAGGUCGGGCAUGGUGCCCCGGGGGCCCUCUGCUGUGGCCAGAUUUGGGGUGCCUGCCGAGGGCAGGAGCCCGCCCCCCUUCCCCGGGGAGCCCUGGAAAGUGUGUGUCAACGUGCACAGCUUUAAGCCGGAGGAGCUGAUGGUAAAGACCAAGGACGGAUACGUGGAGGUGUCUGGUAAACAUGAAGAGAAGCAGCAAGAAGGUGGCAUUGUUUCCAAGAACUUCACAAAGAAAAUCCAGCUUCCUGCAGAGGUGGAUCCUGUGACAGUAUUCGCCUCGCUUUCCCCAGAAGGCCUGCUGAUCAUCGAAGCCCCCCAGAUCCCCCCUUACUCACCAUUUGGAGAGAGCAGUUUCAACAACGAGCUUCCCCAAGACAGCCAGGAAGUCACUUGUACCUGAGACCCCAGUCUUGGCCCUUCCUUGUUCCCUCCCCAACCCCUGGGCUUCUUUGAUUCCAGGAUACAUUACUUUAGCUGAACUCAUAGAUUUAGUGUGACUGAAAUGUUGGGGGUCAGGGUGGAUUGACCAGAUUCCCUGGAGAGUGUAAUAGUAGGUUUCUCCGCAAGAUGGCGCAAUUGGCAGGUCGUGUUCCGCUGCAUUAGGCCAAGAUGCUGGGAGUUUUUCUUUCUUUACCUUUUCUAUCGUGAUGAAAAUGUUGCACAUUCUACAGCUGCAAAACAAAUAAAAGGGGACAUAACAUUUCACAUUGUAUCUUACCUUGCAGCUAAUGCAAGAGUUGCUUUUCUCUGGGGACCUCCCCAUCACCCAGGUUCCCAUUCUGGGCUCCCAGUGUCCAUGCCUGCCCCAGGGUUUGGUUGACGGAGCCCAGUAGCUCACACCACUGUGUUUCUGCAGACGUGGUUUACACAGGGUUAUAGAUAGGUCUUACAUCCCCAUAUGGGAUUUAGCCAACAACCACAUGAAAACAAACAGUGCUUUCUGCCCUUCACCCAGACAUUUAUAGCACGUUCCCAAGCUGGCACUCCCCAAGGACUCUGGAAGCCCCUUAGUUUAUUCUCUGGCUAAGGUCCCCCCUUUCUUGUGUCUCCUAUGUCCAAGUCGGGAUUUUUACACAGGGGGCUGUCUCCAGACAGCUCCACCGGGAACCAAGCAAAGGCCAGACUGUCUGGCAGGCGGACUAGUGGUCCUGUGUAUAUGGGUGGGACGUGUGUGUCAUUGUUAUUUGAAUUGUGCUGUCGUUUAGGGGGAAAUAAAAGUAAGUAAUAAUAAUAAUAAUAAAGGAGCUGAUGUUCUUA